AUGGCAGAAAAUCAAACCUUCAAAGAAUUUAUGAACGCAAUUAACGUGCCAUAUUCUUCAACCAUGAAAAUCGAGAAUGCUCUCAAUUACGUAAUAGGAUAUUCAAACGCUAAAAAUAUUUUCGGAACUCUCCCGGAUACUUCUAUUCAUGCACAAGUUAUAAAGCUUACGGUUGAUCCAAGUUCUAUUGUUAAUCGGAAAAUUACAAAUGAUAAAUUGUUUGAUAUUAAAAGUGCAACUAUUUAUCCAGUUUCAACAGAACUUUCAAACUUACGACAUUCUUCCGGAGGAUUCGAUAACCUUGUUCCGACCAUUGUGAAAAUUAUGAUUAAUAACCCUCGACUUACAAAUAUGAAGAUUAUUGUUGAGAUUAAACACACCGCUAACGAUGGAUCUAAUUAUGAAUGCACGUGGGAACCUGACAUUUUAAAAGUUUUUCAGGAAAGAUCUGUACACGACUAUCUUUUGAAUACAAAGGUUCCGCGAGAAAGUUGGAGCACUCUCAACCUUAAUACACUACUUAACAUAAUGAUGCCAAAAUUAUCUGGAUUAUCUAAAUUAUUUCCUUUACCACUUGAGUCGAUAUCAUUACUAAAUCGAAUGAUAAAUAGAGAAUUAUCAGAAAUAGAUUUUUUAUUUGGUUUAACAAAAUCGAGUGUAAUAGUUCGUAAAGCUAAAUUAGUUUUGAAUUCCGAAAUGAUGAACACAAGUAUUAAACUUGACGCCACUGAAAUUUCGAAGCUUAUGAAUUUAAAAGUUACAAUCACUGGCCUAGAUACAGAUAAACAAAAUAUAGAAUUUGAAGCCAGUGCAAUGAUCAAAGAUCUUGAAGUCAAGGUGUUUACACAUAACGAAUAUGAACAAUUUAUAUCGAUAAAGUUUAAGAAUGGUACGCUUCUUUCUAAAAUUGUGACAACUAUGUUAGACGCUUCAAAAAUAAAGAUGUUUGAUUAUUUAACAGUUCCUUUACAUAAUAUAACUUUGAAUGAUUUCCUAAGAAUCAAUAAAAAUAUUGAAUUUGGUAUGUCAUUUAGUCCAGUAACAGAACAACAACCAACGAUGGAUUAUAAGUUAAAAAAUAUUUAUAUUAUUUCAAAUAACAAUAACAUUUCUCGAACAUGGCUGUCGCAACUACCUUCUCAAAUUAAACCGCUUGAAAAUCUUAAUGAAACUAUCAAGAUAUUAAUAUAUGAUCCGUUAGAUAUAACAAAAUUGUCAGUCGGCUUAGAAAUUAAAUUUUAUAUUCCUAUUAAAGACACUUCAAUAAAUCUUUCUGCAAAACUUACAUAUCAACCAAUAACACCAGAACAAUAUAUUAUCACUAUUGAAUCACAAAAUUCAGACAAGCCUUUAACAAUUGAACAACUAUUACAAAGCUUAAGUCUCCAUGAUACAUUUAUUAAGCUAAAAGAAUUUGCACCAGUUAUCUGGAAUAAUAUUUUUAAACAAGUGAAAAGUAUUGAAUUUCAAUGUCUUAUUUUGCAAAUUCAAAAAUUAUCAAAUGAACAA